UUUCCCCAAAUAAUAUACAAUGAACAGUUAAUUUUUUUCAACUAAUUUUGCUCACUGCGACUUGAAGAUCAAUCUUUGUUUCGAAGAUGGCGACCCCAUUGAUGUCUCUGAUAUUUCUUCUGUUCUUCUUCCCUCUCCACUCCGCCCAUAAUUCCUCCUUUAGUUCCGUCGAGUACUCGAUUCUCCCUCACGCUCGGUCCGACCAGAAGUCCUUGUGCUCUCAACUCGUUCAUCCUGCUGGCUAUCCUUGCGCCGAGCAUACGAUUCAAACAAAGGAUGGUUUUCUAUUGGGUCUGCAACGUGUAUCUUCACGUGAUGGAGAUUUGGAAAAGCGAAAAGGCCCUCCAAUUUUGCUCCUCCAUGGACUGUUCAUGGGUGGCGAUGGAUGGUUUUUGAAUUCUGCAAAACAAUCUUUAGGCUUUAUUCUUGCAGAUAAUGGAUUUGAUGUGUGGAUAGGAAAUGUGCGUGGAACACGGUGGAGUCAUGGGCAUACAUCCCUAUCAGAGGAUGAUAAGGAAUUUUGGAAUUGGAGUUGGGAAGAGUUGGCUCUGUACGAUCUUGCAGCAAUGAUUAACUACAUAAAUUCAUUGACAGACAGGAAAAUUUAUGUUGUUGGACACUCACAGGGAACAAUCAUGUCUUUUGCUGCUCUUACCCAGCCAGACAUAGCCAAGAAAGUUGAAGCAGCUGCUCUUUUAAGUCCUAUAUCGUACUUGGAACAUAUAACUGCUCCAUUAGUACGUCUAAUGGUUGACACACAUCUUGAUACGAUAAUUCUUUCCGCGGGAUUUCGUGAACUCAACUUUAAAAGCGAUUGGGGAACAGUCCUUUUAGAUAAUCUUUGUGAUCGGCUCGUUAACUGCAUCAAUGUUCUAAGUUCAAUAACAGGGGAAAAUUGUUGCCUUAAUCGCUCACGUUUUGACUUAUUUUUCGAAUAUGAACCACAUCCAUCAUCAGCAAAAAACCUGCACCAUCUUUUCCAGAUGAUCCGCAAAGGUACGUUUUCCAGGUAUGACUAUGGAUUGUUAAAGAAUAUGAGAGUUUACGGUCAAAGGAAGCCUCCUGAAUUUGAUCUCAGCCGUAUUCCCAAGUCCUUGCCACUGUGGAUGGCGUAUGGUGGCAAUGACGAGUUAUCCGAUUGGACAGAUCUGGAGCACACGAUAAAGGAAUUGAAGCCGGUACCAGAAUUAGUUUACCUUGAAAAUUAUGGUCAUGUCGACUUCAUUUUGAGCAUGAACGCGAAGAAAGAUUUGUAUGAUCCUAUGAUCAAAUUCUUUAAAUCCUUGGCAAAGUCAAGUAGUAUGUAAAGUGAAUUCUGGUAAAUGUCCUUGUAAAUGUGUGUAGUAGCCAAAUCCUUCUGUUCAUGGUUGUACCUUAUGGAAGGCUAAAUGUUCAAUACCUAAACUUUACACAAACACAAAAGAAAGAAAUGAAGUAAUAAAUAAAUUUGUUUGUACUAAAAUAAAAAUAAGAA